AUAUUUGUUAAAUAAAAAAAAAUACACGUCACGUUCACCUGAUUGCUUCUCCUUCCUCCCUUCUCUACAGAAUCAAACAAGAUAUUCCAAUCCUCUACCCUCUACCAUCACACAACCAAAACAUUUUGACCCAAUUAAAUCCUCCCACGUAAUCACUCUCACCAAUAAAUAUCCGCCAUCCAAUCACACGUGGCAAUUCCAAAAGUUUCAGUACACCUCACCGCACAGAACAAAAACCCACAACGGCGACUUCUUAAAUAGCAAAAAAAAAAAAAAAACAUUGCCGCUAUCCCAAAAUUCAGAACUACCAGUCAAAGUGAUCAUCGCUUAAUCAGAUAUUUUCGCCUAUACUUUUGUCAGGCACAAUGGAUGUGAGAGUUGGGUUCUUAGUUGUCUUUCUGCUAAGUUCGAACUGGGGUUGUGAUGCUAGACAAUUGUCGAAACCAGAUUUAUUGGAAGAAAUUCAGGCUUCGGAAAAUGUUGGGAAGGACGAGAAUGUCUGCACAUUGUGUGAGGAGUAUGCUACCCAAGCUCUUGAAUACCUUGAACAAAAUAAGACCCAGAUUGAAAUCCUUGAAAUUCUACAUGAAUCCUGCUCGAAGAUGCACGCUUUUAAGCCAAAGUGUAUUGCUUUGGUAAACUAUUACGCUCCUCUUUUCUUCCUGGAGAUUUCCUCGAUACAACCUGUAGAAUUCUGCCGAAAGGUCAACCUAUGUCAACAAAUUGUUGCAGUCUCUUCACAACUUCGUGAAGAUAGCUGUGGGUUAUGCCACCGUGCAGUUUCAGACGUACUAGCUAAAUUGAAAGACCCCGAUACACAGCUGGAUAUUAUCGAAGUGCUUUUGAAGGCAUGUAACUCUAUUAAAGAUUAUGAGAGAAAGUGCAAGAGAAUAGUUUUCGAGUAUGGACCUUUAUUCCUUGCCAAUGCAGAGAAGUACCUGGAACAAAACGAUAUCUGCACCGCUCUUCAUGCCUGCAAAUCACCGCCUCACGCAGCUGAAGAAGGUUUACAUUCCGACUCUUAGUUAUGGCCAUAACUAAUGAAAAAGGAGUUACAAAUAUUGGAAAGUAGAAAUGUAAAAAAAAAGGUUAUAUAUGUUUUCCCACAUUUCCUCAAUUGUCUGUAUCAUAUAAUUAAACUUGAAAUUAUGCUUUUCCUACAAAAUAUUUGAUUGUGUGCUUGUAUAAUAUUGAGACCCUUUGUUUAUGAAAAUUUCAAUGGCAUAUUAGUUUUGGUCU